CCACUGCACUGUCAGUCAGUCAGUCAUUAGAGAGACAGGAUGGAGCUCAGUCCACUCCCUGUGAUGCUCUUAGUGUGAUCUGACAGCAAGAAAAUACAGGAAGUGUGGAGACUUUAACACACACCAAACCUCACUCCGUCAGUCAGUCAUUAGAGAGACAGGAUGGAGCUCAGUCCACUCCCUGUGAUGCUCUUGUUGGUUUCACUUACACCAGUGGCCCAUGCUCAAGCAAAACCCAAACCGACUGUGAGAGUGAAUCCUCAGAGCUCCGUCUACACUGGAGACACCAUCACUCUGAGCUGUGAGCUGCAGCAGUCGACUGGAUGGGAGUUUCUCUGGUACAAAAAUUCACAGCUCGUGAACACUGUAGCUAAAGAAACCAACACACUGAGCAUGACAGUCGAUGACGCAGGAGAAACAGUGUAUCAAUGUACAGCACACAGGUAUAACGUGGGUGCAGGCACAUAUUACUACACAGAGCGCAGUAAUCAAGUCACGAUUACAGCAAGAGCAAAACCCAAACCGACUGUGAGAGUGAAUCCUCAGAGCUCCAUCUACACUGGAGACACCAUCACUCUGAGCUGUGAGCUGCAGCAGUCGACUGGAUGGAAGUUUCUCUGGUACAAAAAUAAUCAGCUCGUGAACACUGUAGCUAGAGACACCAACACACUCAGCAUGACAGUCGAUGACGCAGGAGAAACAGUGUAUCAGUGUAUAGCACUCUGGCAUAACGUGGGUGCAGGCACAUACUACUACACAGAGUUCAGCGAUCAAGUCAGGAUUACAGCAAGAGAGAGACCACGGGCAGUACUGAGUGUAUCUCCACAGAGCUGGCUGACUGAAGGAGACUCAGUGACUCUAAGCUGUGAGGUUACAGACUCCUCUACAGACUGGACAUUCAGCUGGUACACAACUGUUCCCUACAGAGAUGGCUUAACUCAAAUAAAAUAUAAUCAUAGCUAUAGCAUGUAUGUGGAGCUCCUCUCAGACAGCAGCAGAGGAUCUGGAGGCUCCUACACUCUCAGUCCUGCUGCUCUGAAUCACACAGGAGUUUAUAUGUGCAGAGGAGAGAGAGGAGAACCAGCCUUUCACACACAGUACAGCAAUCCACAGCCACUAUGGAUCACUGGCAAAAUUGUGAGUGAGCUUUUUGUGCAACGCAAUGAUGACUGCACGUGUUUCCUUGCAGGUGAAUCUCCUCCAGUCUCUCUGAUCAUCAAUCCCAGCAGAACUCAACACUUUACUAAAGACGCUCUCUCACUGAGCUGUGAGGACCAGAAUGGUGAUGUGAUCCUGGAGAGUCCUGUCCAUCCUGUGACUGAGGGACAUCCUCUGACUCUACGCUGUUUAUAUCGCAACACAAAGCCCUCAAACCUCCGAGCUGAUUUCUAUAAAGAUGGAUCAGUUCUACAGACACAGACUACAGGAGAGAUGAUCAUCCGAACUGUCUCAAAGUCAGAUGAAGGUUUCUACCACUGUAAACACCCAGAGAGAGGAGAGUCACUGAAAAGCUGGCUCUCAGUCAGAUGUGAGAAACCUUGUGAGAAUUUCUUUUUUAUUUGA